AUGAAUUGGUCGUUCGUUACUAAUUUGGAUGCCAGAAAAAAUGCCUUCCUGUCAAUUAUUUUAUCUGCUUCCACCAUAUACAACACAGCGGAUCAAGUAAUUGUGUUGCUAGACCGGUCAAUAGCCGAUGAUUCCAUAUUUGCCAUUUCACAAUUCAUCAAUUCAUCACUACAAGACAAGACGAAUUGGAUCAAUUCGAUAUCACUAGUAGAUUUAUUGGAAUCAUUGUUGGACCAGUCACUGGCGAAAGAGUUCCUAAAUGAGUGUCUGCUUGACCGUGAUAAAUUUAUUAAAGUACUUUCUAGGAUUAAGCUUAAAUUUAUUUACGUAAUGGAAGAUACGAUAGAGCAGAUAACGACUUGCCUAACCAACAUAUCUACAGUUUCUAAUAUCAAACUAGUUGUACUGGAUCAGUUAUCUCGUCUAUUAUUUGGCACAGAAGGGAAAUUUCCACAAUUUAUCUCAAAAUAUGCGUUGAUAACGUCACUAGUACAAAACAAAGCUUCCAAUACGCUAAUACUGGAAUCAAUAAGAACCCUUGAUAAUGAGUAUAGAAGAAGGAUUGUUGGGUUUUUAACAUCAAGAUCCGACAGCACGUGCAUAAUACAAGAGUGCAAACGCCAUUAG